AUGGUGCUGAAUGCGCUUGAGGUGGAUCCAGGUCGGGUCUGGAAGUCGCCAUGGCGAUUUUACCAUGAAAGCAUGCUUGACUGUUGCUUAUCGCUAGAUGAAAUCAAAACAAGAGGAAUAACACUGCCCCAAUUUACGUGCUUAGCCGAAUGCAAUAAGCUGAUCAUCGAUCUGAAGUACGCGGAAUCCACACCAGAGUUUUUGGCAACAUUUCGAGAAACAGUGAAGCAAUGUAUGGCAGCAGAGGAUUCAAUCCUUGUGGUGAGCUACAAUCGAAAAAUACUCAGUCAAACUGGUACAGGUCAUUUUUCGCCUUUGGGCGCUUAUCAUGAGGAAAGUGAUCAAGUGCUCAUUCUGGAUGUCGCGCGAUUUAAAUACCCGCCACACUGGGUGAAAUUAUCGACUGUACGAGAUGCGAUGCUCAGCAUUGAUCCAGUCACCAAAAAACCUCGAGGUGCACCCUUCUUUUAA